UUUGUUGGAACACUACGUUAGACAUACAUGAGCCGAUCAGUAUACAGUCCGCACUAAAAGUGUGUCGCGACACAGAAUCUCUCACCUUGUAAUAAAAAAUAUACAUUUUUUGCUUGGGGAACGAAAAAGUUCGCGUUAAUGAUUGUUUGUUCUAACUUGUCCUUUAUUUACGAUUGAAUGUGUAAAAUAAAGAAACAAACAUAUUUAUUCACUCAAGAUUAUUCUAGGAAUUUAUCGAGAUAGGAUCGUAAACAAUCUGUCAUACAAUAUUUUCAAAUCUCAAUAUUAGAUAAAACCCAUAAAGUCAUAAAAUUGUUCAAUACUAAAAUAAAACACCGUAUAUCAAAGAAACCACCUAAUUACCCAUCACUUCAAAGCGCGACCGUCUGAUCGCUCGCAAACGGGCGCACUAUCAUCGUCGCUCUUUUAAUACAUGUGUCUCCGAGUACAGUGUUCAGUGUUACGUCAGGAACUUCCUUAGAUAUCGUGUCCCAAAAGUUCCCUCGUUAUCGUCGUCGGAGAGGUGGAGCUAGAAAAUAGUAAAGUCGGGGCGUCGAGAUUCCAAACGUCGUCGCCACCGCUUUUGAGGUUAGGUUGGCUGCGAUGAUAUACUCGGCCCUACGCGGAUACGGUUCCAUAAAAAGGGCUAAUGGCAAGAUGGCAACCGCAGAAUCAUUAGCAGAAGUGACUGAUGUUGUACAGAUCUUACGCCAAUGGGAAGAUGAUCAAAGCUCACCCACAUAUGAUCCCAUACCAACUCUCACCCGCUUAGCAGAGAUCAUAGAGCAAGAAACUGAAAAUUAUUAUAAAAUGGAUCCAGAUCCAUUUGAUGAGAGGCAUCCGUCUCGUACUGAUCCUGACUGCGACUUUGGCCACAUUUUAAAAAUUUUAUUCAGAAAAGAAAUUUUUAUGACAAAGUUGAUAAAUGAUUAUCUGAGAGAUAACUACUGGCAAAGAUCAGGUAUAUCCAACAAAGAUGUCAGAGAUCUAAACACAGCAGCUUGCAGAUUAAUGUUGGACAUUUUACCUGGCCUUGAAACCUCUGCAGUUUUUCAACCAGACAUGGAGGGUCUUAUUCUCAGACUAUUCUCCUGGGCUGAAAAAAGUGUAGAGCCAUUACAAAGCUAUGCAACUGGUUUGCUAGCAGCUGCAAUGGAAGUUCAAGAUAUAGCCACAGGUUUUAGAGAGCAGAAUGGUAAAAUGGUACCGUUGAUGUUAAAAAGACUAUACAAGCUACAAGAAGAAGCAUCAGCUGAGAGACAACAGAAUAAUGCUGCCAGACCAUUUGCUCAUCUGGGUCAGAAUAGAGCGAAUAAUAGUUUGCAGGAUUCAGAUCAAAAGUCAUUUCCUGGGAAAAGAAAAGUAAGGGACAAAAAGCGAGAGAACGGAAUUUUGAAGAGUCCACCAAAGUUAGCUGGUUACUCGUCUGAUGAAGACGAGGUAGAAGGUGAAAAUAAUCGUAAUGAAACUAGGUCUCCACCUCCAAAAAAAUUAAAGAAUAGUGUGGAUACUGAACAGGUAACCCCAGUGAAAAAAGAUGCUUCGUAUCCCGAUCUCAUGUCACCACCGCUUUUGAUUCCUCCUUUAUCAACGAAAAAUAAUGCCAGCCAUUCUCAGUCACCAAGUCCAAUGAAGAAUCAAAGUUUAGACAGUUCCAAUACUCCAUUCACUCCACUUAAACAAAGUCCAGCAUGGACAAAAGUCAUGGGAAGUAAAAAUAAUACACCUUCGCAGGUACUCGAAGGAAACUCAAACUCAUCCUGGGCUGAAAUGGAGUCUAAUGUCAUUGGAAUCAUUCAAAUUUACCCUCUAACUUUAGCUACUAAACAGAUGUUGAUUCUCAGGUAUUUAACGCCAAUGGGAGAGUACCAAGAAUUCUUAGGCCACGUCUUUGAACAAAACGCGUUAGACUUGAUCCUCCAGUACAUAAAUGUACGCGAAACAAAAGACAGCCGUUUAGCUUUCGAAGCCCUCAAGUAUCUUGCUUCAUUAUUGUGCCACAAAAAAUUUUCCAUCGAGUUUCUGAGCAUAGGUGGUCUUCAACGACUUCUCGAUGUACCAAGGCCAAGUGUAGCAGCAACCGGUGUGUCGAUUUGUCUGUACUACUUGGCUUACUGUGAGGACGCGAUGGAAAAAGUUUGUCUUCUGCCAAAGCACAUAAUCUCAGAUCUUGUGACUUACGCAUUAUGGCUCCUUGAAAGAAGUCACGAUUCAGGUAGAUGUCAUGCAACUAUGUUCUUUGGUUUCUCAUUUCCAUUCAAAGUCAUUCUCGAGGAAUUUGAUGCUCAGGAUGGUCUGAGAAAACUUUACAAUGUGAUAUCUACUUUGCCUCUGUUAAAUAUCGAGGAGGAAGGGCAACUGAACGACGAUGAGGAGUGCGCAUCUAGGCAGAUCGUACGUCACGUUGCGGUGGCCUUGAAGAAGUACAUGGAGGCUCAUUUGUAUUGGAAGGCUGAACAACUGCAGCGAGCGGAGAACGUGAGGACCGAACGCGAUACGUGGCAGCCUUCCAUACCACCGUAUAAAGCUGUGAAAUUGAGCAGCGAAGAAGUCCAAACAAAAGUCGAGGUACUGCAAGAAUUGAUGUCAAUGCGGGCAUUGUGGCCACCAGUUGAACAGCUUCACCGCCUGGGUGGUAUUUCUCUUCUUUUGCAAAUUAUCGCUUUCGCGCGCGAAUGGAAUUUCAACAGUCGUAGUGUUCAUACCACAUCAAGCGCCGAAACAGUCCGUGCCUGCCUUGACGUAGUAGCCAUCUGCUCAGUAGUUCCCAAAGUGAUGUCUUUACUAUGCGAACGAGUAGAUAUGCCAGACCUUUCAAUGACUAUCUCCAUAAAUCUGUUGCUUGCUGCAGCCGAGUGUGAAAUAAUCGCUGAUGCAGAUGUGCAAAGAGCAGCGCUCAGAGCACUCAUUAAUUGCGUUUGCGCGCCGGUUAAUCGGGUUGGUGGUAACGUUGCUAGAUAUUCAUCCACUGGAUCUGCUAAGAAAAAAACGAAUUUGCACAGUAGUGAGGAGCUUAUUCAGAAGGUCUGGUCGAGCGUUAGGUCUAAUAAUGGUAUUAUGAUUUUACUUCAAUUAAUGAUGGUAAAAACGCCAAUCACAGACGCCGAUAGUAUCCGCGCUUUAGCCUGUCGCGCCUUGGCUGGCCUCGCACGAAGCGAAAAGGUUCAACAAAUUAUAAGUAAAUUGCCAAUGUUCACUGACGGUCAGAUCCAAGUACUAAUGAAGGAUCCCAUACUCCAAGAGAAACGCCAAGAACACGUGACUUUUCAGAAAUAUGCCUUAGAACUUAUAGAACGCGUGUCGGGUAAGGUCAAACCCACCGGCGCUGAAUAUGAGAUUUCUCUUGUUAGUCUACAUAGGGCAAACGUUGUUGCACAAACAAGAAUUCAGUACAACGAGCAACAGCUCUAUCAAUUGAUCUAUCAACAUCUAUUGUCCAGAGGUCUGACAGAUACAGCUUCCAUUUUGGCGAGAGAGGCUAGUUUAGAAUCGCCGGUAAUACCAAAAUCGCUCACAUAUCAGCCUUUUCACUAUCGAAGCCCUGCUAUCACAAGUCCCAGAACAGCAUUUUCACCCGGUGCAGCAGCAAAUCUUUACAACACAAGAAUCACUCAGAGAGAUUCUGCAAGCCGUAGCAACACAACCCCGACAUCGAAUUCGUCAAGGUUCAUCUCGCUCACGGGUGCCGCUACCAAUUCCACUACCGUCGCCAAUAAUAAUCCUAUUAGAAUUAAGCUCGCCGAUACGAUGAAUCAAAGUCCUACUACAAAUAAUCAGCCUAUAAAAAUUCAAAUCAAUCAAAAGAAAGCAGCCGAUAAGCAGCUUACCUCAGCACAAGUCAACCAACAAAUAGCCAGUCAGUCAUCCUGUAGGUCCCUUCAAAAGCAGAUAUCAAGAGAACUUGGAUCAAGUUCUUCCGUUGGGAUUGCCAGUUCAAAUGUCAAUACAGUCACGUUAGAUUCUAUUAUUACGGAGUACUUGACGAAUCAACAUGCACUUUGUAAAAAUCCUAUGGUUACGUGUCCACAGUUCAAUUUAUUCGAGCCUCAUAAAUGUCCAGACCCAUGUAAAAAGAACUCCACGCCACAAAAUUUCUCAGUCAGAUUAACGAGGCGGCUGUUGGGAUUCGAUGGGAAAUUAUUAGACAGGCGGCUGAUUUAUAGUCGAUUUUGUCCCGUCAAAACUUUCCGUCCGUUGGAUGUCGAUAGUACCUUUACAUGCUGCACAUUCUCGUAUAGCCAAGAUUUUCUUUUCGUUGGAACCUACGCGGGAGAAUUAAAACUGUUCAACACAAAGAACGGUGCCGAAGAGGCAACCUACAACUGUCAUGAGUCGUACGUUUCUCAUGUCGAGUGUAACAAAAUAGGAAAUUUAGUAUUAACCUCGACAGCGUGGAGACCACCGUUAUCAGUACUAUGGAGCAGCGGUAGGUUCUUCGAGCCAAAGAUUAAUUUUGAUCGUGAGGAUUACGUUGAGUUUAGUAAGCUCCAGGAUAAAAUUGUUGGCACACAGAGUGAAGUAGCUACGAUAUACGACAUAGAGUCUGGAAAAUUAAUAACAAGGUUUACACCAACGAUAUCGAACCAGUACACAAAAAACAGAGCAACUUUCAGCAUGAACGAUGAAUUGAUUUUAAGUGAUGGAAUUCUCUGGGACGUCGACUCUGGUGCGGUUGUGCAUAAGUUUGACAAACUCAAUCAAACGCUCAAUGGUGUCUUUCAUCCGAAUGGAACGCAAGUCGUGUCGAAUACCGAAGUUUGGGAUUUGAGGACGUUUCAUUUGCUCAAAACAGUGCCGGCACUGGAUGAUAUGAACGUCAUUUUUUCUCCAGUUAACGAUAUAAUUUACGCAGUUUCCAUUGAUCAAGAAAACGACGACGAGUCCAAUUAUGUGACGUCGUUUAAAACUCUUGAUGCCGUCGAUUACAGCAGUAUCUCCACCUUCGACGUCAAAAGAGGCAUCUACGAUUUGGCGUGCAACAAGUUAGAUACUCAAAUAGCUCUUGUCGAGAACGUAGGUAGCUUUGACAGCCUUCAAGAAUCUAGUGUGCGUCUUUACGAUGUUGGUAGGCGCAGAGACGACGAGGACGAAGCUGAAGAAGAUGACGAGGAUGAAGAUCUCGAUGCCACCGACGAUGAAGGAUCAAACACUGGUUCUGACGAUAAUAACGCCGAUGAUGCCGAUAACGGAGAUGCACAAGGAGAUGAUAUCAUCGACGAUGCCGACCAGAAUGAUGGCGACGAUAACGACGACAAUAGUGAAGCCGAGGACGACGAUUCUGGCGACGAUAGUCUUGAUUAUCAUAAUAUCUUUUCGUCGGACGAGUUUAACGCGUCGGAUGUUGAUGACGUGGAGAUACUUUUCAAUUGAAUACUAUGAAAGUACGCCGUAUUGUGUGGAAGUAAUUUAGUUUCUUCUUUUUUUAUGAAAGCAAUUAAAAGGCUAAGUGCUAGGCGCUGCCUCGUUUUAUCAAAUCUGUGGAAAAGGAACUUGAAUUUAUUUGUGGAUGUUCCUUAUUGAGAAGAGAGAAAGAGGG